UUUUCGCGCCAUCUUUAGUCGUUCAUGCGAAGUUAAGUCUUUUCUCGUGGAGAUGGCUCCCUGGGUGUACGUAUACGUACGUGUGCAUGUUUUGAACGUGUGCGUUCGAAAAAGAGAAGCAUGGCGAUGGUCGGGUGGGGGUAAUGAACGAGAAAAUACGCUAGGGCUGUUUGUAACAGAAAGCGAAUAUGACGCUCGUGCGAGGAAUGAAAAAUGGGUAGACGAAGCCGUGUUCUCCGUCAUCUUCGGCGAAGAUCAGCGGACGCGGACACAAAGCGCCGCCACCAGGCACCCGUGCUAAGCUGUUAACGGCGAAUGGCCAUUUUGUGCGUGACAGUUCUCUCCCGCGAAGCAAGAAUAACAACGACAUUGCAUCUGCCCAAACGAUCUCGCGCAUAUUCACCAGGAAUUUCGCUCCUACACAUUUUGCAAUUAAAAUCGUCGUCGUCGUCGUCGACGUCGUCGUCGUCGUCGUCGUCGUCGUCGUCGUCGUCGUCGUCGUCGUCGACGUCGUCGUCGUCGUCGUCGUCGUCGUCGUCGUCGUCGUCGUCGUCGACGACGACCGCAGCUUUGCCCGGUCUCUUUUUAACAACGAUUUUCACGCGCAAGUCUGCACAACUUCAAAAACUGUAUAUUCGCGCGCGCGUUAACGCAUUUAUUAUGAGAAGUCGGUGAUAUUGUAGAUAUUUUGUAGACACGAUCAGUGUCUUAUUUUUGAAGUAAUUUCGUUUGCAAAACUCGAGCGUGUUUCUGCGACACGCGUCUUGACAGCAAACCCUUCCUUUCCUCUCCUUCAUCCCCCCCUUUUUAUCCCCUGUCUUUUUCUCUUUCUCUUUCGCCUUCCUUACUGCUCUUUCUGUUCCUCUUAUUUCUUCUCUUGCUUCUUCUCUUACCAAACGUGAAUUUUACGACGAACAUUCGUUCCUUCUCGAAAAAGAACAACUUCUCCUUUCAAAAUAAAUUUCACUCUUACGAGGAUCAUUAAGGAGCACGUGUCUCUCGUGUGUGUUGUGUUAUGUGCUACUGUGCACCCAAAAAAUGUGAGACACGUAUUGUUCGAAAUCCGUGUGUAUUAUGUGGUGCAUUAGGACUACCAUAUUAACCGCACCAAGUUUUAGCGUCAAUGACAUACGCGUUCUGUAUUUCUCUUGGUGCCAUUCUUGAGAACGUUCGAUCCGAAAAUUACUUUCGGUUUCCGACGUACUUUUCAUCGCGUACAUCGCUCUGUCUGAAGAAGACUGUUGUGCUUGGAAUAUCGUUUGAAGUCGGCUCAAAACAAAACACUGGACGAUUAUUCUGUGUCAGGAAAAAUUGGUGAUAGAAUUAUUUUUAGUGCGCACCGUUAGUCUAGUUGUCACAGAUCGUAUAGAUAGAAUUGGUCAAGUUCAUUGCGAAAAGUAUAAAUGGGGUUGUAUCAGUGGAGGCAGCGGGGGAACCCCCUCGCUGAGGAGCACGGAAGUUCCAACUCCGACACCUCCUAUGCCAUUUUUAAGUUCUGAGUGUCCUUUGUACAAUACGACCAAUCUGCAGGGUCACACUACCCAAAGAUCUAAAUCGCGGACGGAUGCAAUGUUGGAACGUGCUCUGACUCAACCACAGCAUUGUUCCGUGGAUCCGCUUGACAACGCCCUGAGCUGGGGAAUACCUAUCUGGGCAACCGAUAAAAUUCAGGCUUGGCUCGAUAAGAUCUAUGCAUCUCUUAAAGAUACUAAUAGUUUGAAACAUCUACAAGGAACGACGAGCAGGCAUAGGUUUGAAAAAGAUCUUAAAGUCAAGCAUUUGAAAGAGUCAUAUGUCAAGUUUGAAUCUUUCCACAGAGAUACAAGACCUGUAUUUUUGGAAUUAUCAACGUGGCCAACGUUGAACUUUGACGGCGACCCAGGAACUUGUCCUUUUGACGCAAAGAGGAGAGAGAAACUUGAAAAUAAAACAAAUAAGGAGGUUAAAGAAAACAGAGAAGCUAUUGCAAAUAAAAAAGAAGGUAAAGAGAUGACUCGACGACCACGUACCACUGCAGCUCGUGCUCGUAGAACAGAACAAUUAGGAGCUGGUUACUGUGAAAUAUGUCGAAUAGAUUAUCGUGAUCUAACGAAACACGUACAAAGUGAUCAACAUUCGAAUUUUGUUCAAAACGAUGACAAUUUUCUCUCUUUGGAUACAUUAAUCAAUACAAGUGCCAGUGUAGAGGCAUUUUUGAAACUAAACAGAACAAAAGAUAUCGGAGAAGAAUGCAAUAUAUAUCCAACUGAAGAUCGUACUCUUCGCGAUGUACUGCCAGAGGAAAAGGUCACUAAACAUGAAAAGACUUUAAAUAAUUUUUCUGUACAAGGAAUAGACAUGGUGCAGUGCAAUGGAACGAGAAGAAAUCUUAAUUUAAAAUUAAAUUCUCCUCACAACUUGCGAACGCGUGCAAAACACGAAAGUGGACAUUUAUUGAGAUCAAAGGGUAGCCCUUGGCACGAAGUCGAUAAGAAUGAAAAAUUUUAUGACAGAUUCGAGGGUUUUACUAUAAAAAAGAGAGCAAAGGGAACCAUUUGGAUCGAAGAAGAAGAUCCGGAAAAUAAAUACUCGCAAGCGAAUGACAUUAAAAACUCUGACCAAGUAGAUUAUAAUAAUAUUAAGUCGCCGGGAAAAGAUGUAAAUGGCAUCAAUCAACGUGGGUAUGGGGAUAAUAAUUCUGUAAAUAAAAGACAUAAUGGUACAGAUAAUCAGGAUAUUAAAGAAUUAGAUGGAAGGGUUCCAACUAAUGAACAAAAUGUUGUGUUUAAUCCUGAGCUUCCUUCAAAGAAUGCAAACGAUGUAAAUGUUAAUAUUCACGGAGAGAUUAAUGAGAAUAGAAGAUCUACUUUGUUAAAAAAUAAUGUAAAUAUAAAUGGCUUAUCUGAUAAGAAUAAUCGUAUCGAAUCAUGGAAAUCUGUAGACGGUAAAGUAAAGUUUGAUGGUGUAAAGCACGAGUUGGAGUUACAAAGAGUCCGAUCGGACAAUGAAAGAUCUGGGAACGAUCAUAAUGAGAAGGGAUCUGAAGUAGUUCGUAAUAAUGGCCAUACGGAGAACAACCAAAAAGAAUUUAAGACGGUACAAUGUACGGAAAAAGAAUUAGGUUGUGAGAAACUCCGAUCGCCUAGAGCUGGUAGAAGAGGUGGUAGAAGUUUUCGCGGGCGUCAUAGAUUGUCGGUCGAAGAACGGCUGAUCGAGGAUAAUCGUGCAUAUUACAAGGUCGAAGUAUUAGGAAGUAAGUUACGAUCGAGCACGUUACCAGGCAAUAAUAACGCAUCAAAUCCUACAAUUAAGGAUGCGGACGAGGGUGAAAAGAAGGAACAGCCAUCCAGUGAAAAACCAGUCGUCGUAAGAUUCAAACGCGUAAGAAAAUCUGAACUCUCCCUGCUCAGCGACGAGGCCGAGUCUUUCAUGUUUGGAGAACCCAAGCGCGAUGACACCAGCGAAGUUAGCGACGAAGAACAAGCUAGCAUUUUACCGAGAGAUACCGAAAGCGAAUACAACGAGACUGUCAGUUCCGACAUACUUAGUUCGAGUUUGGAUUCCAGUCCUCGGAUAAAGCAAGAGAUUUUGGAAGAAGAUUCUCAGGAUUCUGUAAAUCUUGGCAGAGCGAGGAAAAGAAGACGGACACAGGCAGAGGCGCUUAUCAAAGACAACGCUGAUUACUAUAAGUUCGAGACACCUGGCAGUAGACUGAGAUAUCAGACACCUUUAACGGGGGUCAAGGUAUCCAUUAAUCCCGAGCAUAUAAGCAAGGAAGUACGGUCUGACGUUAACGGUGGAGAAAUUGUAGAGAAAAUAUAUCCGUCCAAACCUUCGGCAGAAGUUGAAAGAAUGCAAUUUUCGUUCGAAGUAGUACCAAAAUCGGAGCCAUGGUAUCAAACCUAUCAACGGCAAGACGAAGGCGCAGAAUUUUGGCAUUAUUUUAGCGAUGGAGAUACAGGAAGGCCGUUCCUUUUGCCCUAUGAAAUAGAAAACUUCCACGAGACUAUACUGAGGAAUCAGGCGAAGAAUGAAAACAGGAAAAAAGGUAGAGGUCGUAGUAUGGGCUGCAUCGGACGGUCGCCUAGAAAAAGUCCACGUUGUCAUGCAUCGACGUUGGCUAUAAUGUCUACGAUCAUAAGAAAAAGGGAACAGCAGCAACUCUCUUCAAAUUUGUGUACGAUAGAAGAAUAUCGAUCUCCUAAAUCGCAGAUUGAUAGUCCACCGAAAGCAGAUACAAAAGCGGAUUUAAAAUUGGAUUCAAAGACGACCGACAUCGAUGAAGAACUGAAGGAAAUCGCGAAAAAUAUCGAUGAAAUGCUUAAUAUGAGAGACACCUUAGAAAUAGAGGAUGCGUUUGAAACCGAUAAUGCGCAACUCGAGGGGCUAGAGGAGGAGGAUGACUUCAUCGAAUCAAACGUACCGAAAGGUCCUCCGGCGAAUCUGUUGGAAUUACUGGACAAUUGUCAUGAACUCGUACCGUGUAUAGAAAACUCAUCGUGUGCAAGCUCGGAGUGUGGUGAAGGAAAUGUCGAGUCGCCCUUAAAACGACGUAAGAAGAGAAAAAAUAGAACCGGAUGGCCUGGAAUUAAAAUACGAAAAAAGUUACAAAAUAAAAUAAUUAUAGGCUCGUACAACGGUGGUCAGGGAAAUUUCAAGAGAGGAGAGUUAUCAAGAGAGAAAAGUGUUGGUCUGUUUGAAGGAAAUGCCGACGCCGACGCCGACGCCGACGCCGACGUGUCUUUACGAUUGAUGGCAGAUACACGUGCAGAAAUGGUUUUAUCGAAUGGUAGUACAAUGUCAUCUACUACUAGGUACAAUGAAAAGACAUCAAUCGAUAAAAAAAAUAAUAAAAGCACGGCGGAUGAUUGCGAUGAUUCUAGCGUAUCUGCUAAAGCAUCUCUUAAAACGUGUCCUAAAACGUGUCCUAAAACGUGUCCUAAAGCGUGCCCUAAAGCGUGCCCUAAAACGUGCCCUAAAACGUGCCCUAAAACGUGCCCUAAAACGUGCCCUAAAACGUGUCUUAGCACGACCGUGAUUAGUAAAAAUAAAGGUAUGGACAAUAGCGGUGUCAAAAAUUGCACCGCCACUGACGAGUUGAAAAUUCCUAAGGUAUUUAGCGAGGCGCAAAGAACUUUGUCGGAUAAGAAUUUUACGUUGGACAUAGAAGAAGAAGUAUCGGAGAACGAUCCUGGAAACGACGAAAAUCACGAGAAUGUAUUUAGGAAAGAUGUUAACGGUGUUAUAAUGUUAGAACGACCAUUCAUUGCGAAAGCGGUCGUAAAGAAACGUCCGCGCAUAAACACAUCCUCGGAGAGCUGCGAAUCGCGUACCGAAAUUGAAAAUCAUGACAUUUUGUUGUCUAGGAAAGACAUAGAUUCUGGCAUAGUGUCGAGAAAGCAUCAUGGCUCCAGCGAAGUGUCUAGGCUAGGAUGUCAACAAACUCAUUCGGAAAAUUCUAAUAUCGAUGUAGACGCUCAUAGGAGUGUUUACAGAAGGAGUAAGGUAGGAGUAGUGACGUCUAGGAAACGAGUCAACACGAGGAAACAACAACGAAGGAAUAAUAACGUUCCCUCGGAAUCCGUAUACGAGAGCGAAAAUUGUAAGAAAGAGUCUUAUUUGAGUAUUACUUGUAAGAAGCAAGAAACUAUGAAGAGUGCAAAGAAACAAAGCGAUGAAACGAUAGGAUCCUCGGUGGACGUACAAGACUCGGCUGAAUUGGAGUGCGCACUGUCGGAACGUAACACGCCUACCACCACCACCACCACCACCACCACCACCACCGUCGUGCCGUCUUCCGAUUUACAACAAAGACGUUCGAGCAUCGAGUUUCAGCCGGUAGUUAGAAUGAUGAAGAUAGACAAUCCAGUUGACAUGGAUCACAGUAUUUUGUCGGUGACUGUAGCGAGUAAUAGAAGAUUAAGAAGUUCCAAUUCUCAUAGACCGAACGCACAGCCACCGCGAAAACGUUUAAAAACUGCUCGUGGACAAUUUGGAAGGUGGCUAAAGAGUAGCUGAAAUCUCGAAUAAAUCGCGCCUACGCUACCGUGAAAUUUCGAAAUCGGAGUCCUCUUUUAUGCCGCCGCUCCUUCUUCUUGCCACCAAGAGGCGCUGGAAUUUUGAAAUUUUAUUUACCCAUGUAAAUUAUGUGUAAUAUAGUAUUCGUCUAUGUAGUAUAUAGUAUUUAACAUUACUGACACGUAAAAUCUUAGUAAUACCCUUACUUGAUAUCUCUUGACGGUACACGCGACAUCGCGUCGUCAAACUUCUUGUACAUUCGUCGAAUGCGGUCUUGGAUGUUCUCGGAAUUAAUGUGAGUUUCUUUUUUCUAUACGCGUUAUCCCCUCCCCCUCCCACACACACACACUCAUUUCCACUCUCACAGCGGCUUUUUCGUUUAUAUCAUAAUGUUUGUAACAGGUACAAAAAUAUUCCAUGUAUUAUAUAAACGGUAUUUCUGGAACAUAUGUGACUAAAGAGAAGAGAUUCUUUAAGUGCACGAGACUGCAUACAGCUUUAUAAUAUGUAUAAUCAUAUUCUGUUUAUGCUUCGCAUUAUUCAAGGUAACACUGUAAAUCCUCGGAGGAAAACGAAAAGAAAAAAAAAAGGAAAAACCCUAAUUAUUUUAUUUCAAGUGGAAAUAUGUAAGUUUCUCGUGAGUUCAACAAGAAAAAUUAUUAUUAAAGAUACGAAUUUUUCAAUAAA